AUCGUGGCCUACUCGGCCUUUUCCUCUCGCGUUUGGUUUGGGGCGGCUUGGUUUCUGUCGCGGCAAGAUUGAACACCAAAGCGGCAAAAAUGAUCAUCUACAAGUGUAUCAUCAGCGAGGAUGAGAUGUUCUCAGACAUCUUCCCGAUCAAGGAGACUGCAAUCUUCUAUGAAGUGGAAGGAAAGGUCGUCACCACCACCUCAGGGGACAUCGACGACUCUUUAAUCGGCGGUAACGCAUCGACUGAGGAGCAAGCGGAGACCACAGAUGUGUCUGUGACAUCUGGCGUGAACAUCGUCCUUUACAGCAAGCUGCAGGAGACUACCUACGACAAGAAGAGUUACCUCGCCCACAUCAAGGCAUACCUCAAGAGCAUAAAGGCAAAGAUGCAAGAAACCAACCCUGAAAGAGUGGAGCAGUUUAUGCUUGACGCCAAUAAUGAAGUGAAAAAGCUUCUCCAAGGAGGUUUCAAGGAUUUACAAUUUUUCAUAGGGGAGUCCUUGAACACUGACGGCAUGGUUGCAAUCCUGGACUACCGUGAGGACAAUGUCACACCUUUCAUGCGCUUCUUUAAAGAUGGCGUCAGACCUGAGAAAUGUUAACGACAUGGACUAACCUGUUUAUCAACUGGCUGCUGCUGCUUCUCCCUAAACGCACCGAGAGCAGAAUGCAUCAUUUGCUAUAUUUACAUCAUGGCCCGGUGAACAAUAGUUUUAACUUUUUUCCCUUGGCGAAUAGAUUUGACUUUUUUUGUCAGUAAAACUGAAGGAAAAUUCUCAAAGCUCCCAGAUUUGGACUUUUUUGACAUCGGGCAAAAAUGACUGCUUUCCUCCACACUCUGGGUACAUGGUUGCAUUCAAAAUUUCAUCUCCAUUAUGGCUUUAAGUUGGAAAUAAAUCUGGAGUACCAUUU